GCAAUCGUGUCAACGCUACCCGGCCCUCAUCUGGAACCAAGGCACGUCUGGAACCAUGACCCACCUGGAACCAUACGGACACGUAAAGUACAAAGAAAACAUAACGCAGUGCCAUGUACCUCAAGCAAGGGGAUUCCUACUCCCGGCGCCGGAGGGUGGGUCUGGUACGCCACAACCCAAACUCGGAGCAAGAAGCCAACAGAUAUGAAGUCGCUUUCGGGCGGCUUAGACAGGCCGAAUAGCCCUUGGCAUAAUAUUUUGUUUUGA